UCUGGCGACAAGGAGAUAACACUUCUGGGGGUGGAAAGGGAUCUGGCCUCGUUCCGGAAGGGCUUCGCGGCUGAGGAGAAUCCCUCCCUUCGCGCUCGGCUCUUCCCCGGACUGGCCGUUUCCUGGCUGGUUGCUCCGGCGGCGGCGGCGGGAGGAGGAGGAGGAGGAGGAGAAGGCGGCGGGGCUCAGCGUCUCUCCGGCUUCCUUCUGAGAGCAUGGCUGCCGGCGUCGAGUGGGGGUCAGAGGCGGCCAGCGCCUGGACACCUGGCGGCAGGGCAGCAGAGAUGCGACUUGGUUGCAGGGAAGUACCACAUCCGGAAGUAUGAGGACAGAGACUACGACACAGCACGCGCCUUGUUUGCUCAUGGGCUCAAGGAACACAUUCCUACUGCGAUAUGGCACCUUCUCAGAAGUCCUCAGAACUAUCUGGUGCUUCUGACUGUGUUCCUUGUGACCUACGUGAGCUCGGCUUCCUUUAUCAUCUCCCUGGUGGUCGUGUCUCUUCUCUUGGUUGUAGGCAUGGUUUAUAUGAAGGACUUCUGGGAAAGGUAUAUCCAAGAUGCUCUCGCUACAGACAUGCGAGACAUCAGGGGAACCUACCUGGACCAAAAGGACUGCUGCUUCUGGGUGGUGGAGGGUGGGAAAGAAGUGGUAGGCAUUGUGGCUGCCAUCAAUCCCGACGACCCAUCUUUGCGGGGCAGUGCCCGGGAGCUGAAGCGUAUGUCUGUGAAGAAGGAGCACAGAGGCCAAGGGCUCUCCAAGGCCCUAACCAAGACUGUUAUCCAGUUUUCCCAGGAGCGUGGCUAUAAGGAAGUUGUGUUGGCUACCUCCAUGGUGCAACACGCUGCUCAAAGGGCCUAUGAGAGCAUGGCCUUCCACAAGGUCCUGGUGGUAAAUCCCUCCUUCCUGGCUAAGCUGGUGCACUAUUACGACUACUUGUAUUGCUAUAAAAUCCCAGGAACUCACUGAGAUCCACCUCAGAAAAUAGUCCACUACCCGGAGCAGAAGCGCCUGCUUGUCGACCAAGUUCUACAUUCUGCCCUGAUGACUCAGCAGAAUUGCAGGCUCAACCUCCUCCUUGUGGGAGUUCAACCAACUGCUCUGAAGAGGCUCUGCAUGACCUGAGUUCACCCUCCCUAAGGCUGGCUUCCCAGCCUAAUUAGUGACCGUAGAAAACCUGUUAUCUGACUGUGAUAAGAAACCCUACAGCGCACCCCAACGUAGCCAGCCCUUGGAAUUGCUUACCAUCCUUUUAUGGACAGCCACAAGCUUCUCACAGAGAUAUUCUCAUUUAAGUCACAUUCUCCUUAAUCUGCCAACAGCUUGGAAGAGAGGGACACAAUGCAGCCUUUGUCGCACAUGCCAAAUCUGUGGCAGAGAGGGGAGUCCUCCCAGAGAUGUGGUGUGGAGCGGGGGGUGCUUCGUCUCAUUCGUGCCCCUCCCAGAAUGUUAGGACUACAAUUUCCAUGAUCGACUGUCAAGCUGGCUGGUGUUGAUGGGAACUAGAACCCAGCAUCACUCAAGGGGCUAUUUCGUUGGGGAAGCCUAAUUGGAGGCCAUCAACCUAUUCCAACCAGGACUAGCAGUCAGGGCUAUUUGCCAGAUGCAUCUGUUUCCAGCUGACCGUUGAAUCAAACCUGUGUACAAACGUCAAAAGACAUAAUUUUCCAAUAUGCCUCUCAGGCUACCGGGAGGUAGUCCAUGCUGAUGACUGGCAGAGCCCUGGUGUACUUGGAUGCUCCUGGGGGAAGGUGUUGUGGAGUCUGGCCUGUGCAGAAGCCUCAAAAUCGGGGCAACUGACCAGGCUGAAGAGAAUGGGGCUGGCCUGGGGGAGGAGGGGCUCUUCCCACAUGGUCCACGCUUUAUGGGCAUUCGUGGACCCUGAGCACCGCAGAACAUCCUUCCAGGGCGUGGAGUCACAGAGCUAGAAUGGAGUCUUGGGGUCUUAUAGUCCAGUCCCCUGCCCACGGCAGACUGUCCCAGGCAAAUGGCUGCCCAACCUUGAAACCCUCCAGUGAUGGAGCCCCACUGUCCAGGUGGUGGGCUGUUCUUCUGCUUAGGAGCUCUGAGUCAGGAAAUGCCUUGUUUUGAGUUUGGAUAUCCGUUUGUACAGUCUCCAGCUGCUGGUUCUUGUCCUAGCCUUGGGGGCUUUGAAGAAUAAAUCCAGAGUUUCCCUUAUGGGGGUGAAGAGCUAUUAAAUCGGUUUAUACUUGUUGUGAUGAAGGUUGGAAUGCCUUCUCUUUUUCUUUGUUAUAUUCUUUUUUUUCUUGCAUGUUUUAUU